AUGGGUCUUUACAGGUUUCUCCUCGCCAUCCUUCCAGUUGUCCUAGCCGCCGACCUCUACGUCGCUCCCACGGGCUCUGACAGUGCUGCCGGCACUCUCGCCGCCCCUCUCAAGUCGAUCCAGCUCGCCGUCGACAAGGCUGUUGCUGGUGACACCAUCUACCUCCGUGCCGGCACCUACUCGCCCACAACCAACAUCAAGAUCACCAAGAGCGGUACCGCCGCCAAGCCCUACACCCUGACGGCCUACAACAACGAGGCUGUUGUCAUCGACGGAGAGGCACUGCCCGGAACCCCUGCCGCCCUCGAUGCGUCCCUCGCCAACGCCGACCGCGGCGCCAACUACUGGAAGUUCUACAAGCUCACCAUCAUCAACGGCCCCUACGGCGUUUACCUUCGCGACGGCUCCAACAACUACUUCGAGCGUAUCGUCACCCACGACAACUACGAGACGGGCUUCCAGAUGCAGGGUUCCUUGAGCAACAACCAGGUCAUCUACCUCGACUCGUACCGCAACCGCGACCCUCGCAAGAACGGCGAGAGCGCUGACGGCUUCGCCUGCAAGGAGGGCUCCGGCACGGGCAACAUCCUCAAGGGUGCCCGUCUUUGGGAGAACGUCGAUGACGGUCUUGACCUUUGGGAGUUCAAGUCGCCCGUCACCAUCAUGGACACCAUUUCCUGGGGCAAUGGCGUCAACCGAUGGGGUUUCAGCGACUUCCAGGGAGACGGAAACGGAUUCAAGCUGGGCGGUGGCGACGCCGCCGACAUCGCGUCGGCCAACCACGUCAUCACCAACAGCAUCGCCUUCAACAACGCGGCCAAGGGCUUCACGGACAACAAGCAGCCGGGCAACUUCCAGUUCUCGCGCAACACGGCGUGGAACAACGGCGCGGUGGGCUUCCAGACCAUCACGACCAAGUCGACGCUCAAGAGCAACAUCGCGGCAUCCAACUCCAAGACAACAGCCAAGUCGGGCCAGACGUCGUUCGUCAGCGGCACCAGCAGCAGCGGCAACUCUUGGGACGGCAGCGCCACAUGGUCCGAUUCGAGCUUCAAGAGCGUCGACGUCAGCCUCGUCAAGGGCGCACGCCAGGCCAACGGCAAGAUCGUCGCGAGCAACUUCCUGAUCCCCACCUCGGGCGAGGCCAUCGGCGCCACCACCACUUGGUCUUAG